ACACACACACACGCACACGCGCUCGCACACACACACAGACGUACUGCAACCUCUCCACAGGAAACUCUGAGCCAUAAUGCGAAGGCACCUCCGAGCAGACGGCUGCAUUGCUCAAACCAAGUGGGAUACGGUGCGGCUUUGAUAGUGCGUUAAUUACUCAUGUGAUGUGAUACAGAUGUCUGGGGGCUUCAGCCGAAAGUUUGCCUGACGGUUUCCAAGGGGGCCAGGCAGACAUUUUAGAAGCGCUGGGACUUUGAACAGGAGCAACUCUGGGCGAGGAGAGUUGCCUGUGCCGGUGACAUGAUGACAAAAGGGCUUCACUAUCCUUGUGACAGUUUGAAACUUUAGUCGCCAGGAGUUUUGUGGAGGGAAUUACUCAGAUUGUGUCCAGAACGUUUGUCUUUUGUUCGGUGUGGAUGCAGUGAAGAGAAAUAUUGGUACCGUCUUUCAAUCAGUAAAACCCAAGCGCCAAAUGUGUUCCAUAAUGGGCACCCCAGCUGUACAUGUGUUGGUGCUAAUGGCCUGUAUGGCAGCCAGAGGAAUGUGCCAGAUAAACAGAGCUGGAGCAGAGGAGGACUCUCUCCCAGGCUUCCGUCACUCCACCCUCCAGUCUCCGAGUUUCUACAGCACCGCCAGUCCCAGCACGGGGCCCGGCCUCCACUUGGGGGCCCCGGGGGCCGAGGCACAAGCCGUGGGAUCUGGAAAUAACACUGUUGUAAAAAUGCCGAUGCAAAUUCCGGGGUGCGUCAAACCCACUUCGAUUAGUAGCUAUUUCAAGUACAUCAACACCUUCAUUUCCAUUAUCGUGUUUGUGGUCGGCCUGGUCGGCAACGCCACCCUGCUGAGGAUUAUAUACCACAACAAGUGCAUGAGGAACGGGCCCAACGCCCUCAUUGCCAGUCUGGCCCUGGGGGACCUCAUCUACAUCAUCACGGAUAUACCCAUCAAUGUAUACAAGCUGCUGGCGUCCCGCUGGCCUUUUGACAACAGCGUCGUCGGCCUGUAUCUGUGCAAGCUGGUGCCCUUCAUGCAGAAAGCCUCUGUGGGCAUCACGGUCCUCAACCUGUGCGCCCUCAGCGUGGACAGGUACAGAGCCGUGGCCUCCUGGAGCAGAGUGCAGGGAGUGGGCAUCCCUCUGCUCACAGUCAUCGAGAUUUUGUCGAUCUGGUUGCUGUCGUUCUUCCUGGCCGUGCCGGAGGCGAUCGGUUUCGACAUGAUCACCUUCGAAUACAGGAACCAAACCAUCCGCACCUGCAUGCUAAACCCCAAAACGGACUUCAUGAUGUUCUACAGGGAUGCAAAGGACUGGUGGUUGUUUGGCUUCUACUUUUGUGUCCCACUCGCCUGCACCGCUGUGUUCUACACUCUGAUGACCUGCGAGAUGCUCAACCGCAGGGAUGGCAGCCUUCGGAUAGCCCUCAGUGAGCACCUCAAACAGAGGAGGGAGGUGGCCAGGGCCGUUUUCUGCCUCGUCCUGAUCUUUGCCCUCUGCUGGUUCCCACUGCACCUCAGCAGGAUCCUAAAGAAGAUGGUUUACUCCCAGAAUGAUAAGAAGCGCUGUGAGCUGCUCAAUUUCCUGUUGGUCCUGGAUUACUUCAGUAUCAACCUGGUAACAAUCAACUCCUGCAUCAACCCCAUUAUCCUCUUCUUUGUCAGCAAGAAGUUUAAAAACUGCUUCAAGUCGUGUUUGUGCUGCUGGUGUUACUCUGACAACCAGCUGAGCAGCAUCGGACCCAUGAACGGUACCAGUAUCCAGUGUAAAAGCCCCGAGCCCAACAACGUCCACGCUGAUCGCAGCAUCAGGAAGGACAGCGACUGACCUCUCGACUCACAUCAUCUCUAUUUUCAAGCACUUCCAUAUAUCCAGCAGCUUAUUUUUAAAUACAACAAAUGCACACCCUUGAAUAUAUAAAUGCAUAUCAUAACCACUGAAGCAACAAAUGAGCCUGGCAGGGAUGGACUAGGAACUGGAGAUAAAAGGAACUAAUAAUGGAGUUGGCGCACAAUGCUCUGAAGUGUCCCGGAGCGCCUCAGGGGGCUAAACCUCCGAUGACACACUCCUUGUAUUCCCACCCCCACGGACAGUGACGCUGUAGCAUGAGAGAAGAACGGGGAAAGCGGGAUGAGGAGGACGAGGACUCUUCACAGGAUGCAGCUGAGCGGUGACUAUAAAUGACUCUCAAUCAGUAGCAACGCGUGCUAUUCCUGUAAAGGGCAGCACUACUGGGAAGGAGGCGCAAAGCUACAGGAAGGAAAAAGGAGACUGCUCGCUGUCAGAGGGAAUGAUAGGGGAUGAGCAGGAGCUUGCCACUCAUUGAUGUUGGAAAACAGGAGAGCGUGUUACCGACUCGAACAACUAUUAAUUUUCCAUUAAACAUGCACAGUGUAUCUAACUCACACUCAUUAUUCAUUGAGCUACUUUGUGGUAUAAUUCGAUGGAGGUUUUGAGGUUUAGAAGUUCAUUUGCUUCCCAUUGCUUCGAUCAGGUCAGGUAAAGAGGGAAAAUGUCUCUUCACAGAAAGAUGCCCCCCCCCCCCCCCCCCGCUCCACACACACACACACACACCCUAUUUCUGUUUACUGAAUCCAUGAUCCUAAGAAAUGAGAAGCUGCUGGUAACAAAACAAUGAAAGAUUUCAGCACAUAAUCAAAUCUGGUGUCAGAAUAAGCCAAAGUGCACCGGCACAAAAAUAAAUACAGGGUUGUAGGUUUUAAAGUGGAUAAACUACAACUCUGUAGUUCUUUAGCACGUGGAGCAAAUGAUAAAUAUGAGAUAAUGCAUUAUGACAGGUCAGAUAUCACCAUAGACCAAAUGGACAGGAAUUAGACAGGAAAUAGCUUUUCUACACUGUGAAUUUUAACAAUCAUACUCAACAAUAUUUGUGACUUUUAUGCCUGUAUAACCAAUGGAAUAUAUAUGUAUAUUGUCCACUUUUAUAAAGUGUUAUAUUGCAGUAAUAACAUUAUUAUUAUUAUUAUUAUUAAUAAUAAGUAUUUCACUCUGACAACAUUACCUGGGUAAUGACAUGGGCCAAUGAGGUUUAAAUGGUGGUGGUAAACGGUCCAAAUAUCAAAGGAAUUGCGAGAGAUUUGGGGGGAAUACCCCAAGAGAUAGCUCGACGAGAAGAAUGAUACCACUCUGUAGCCUACGAUCAAUAUUUAGCGAUACAUCCAGAGAGGAUUUGCUUGUUUAGCAUACAUACUGGAGAGAAAGGAAACUCUGCUGUGUCAAAACUGGUGACAAAGGAUGAUUAAAAACCCACGAACCACUUGCCUUUAGGUGUUUAAUCAACUAUUGUUGUUUUUUUCCCGCUUGGCUAAAACCAGAAGCUAACUAUAGCUGGAGAAAUCACUAAGCUAACGGCGGCUCGCUGCCUUUAACCAGAAAAAAACCACAACAAGAUAUUACAUGUUUAAUUAUUGUGCUUUAUUGCUUCAUAGGCAGCUUUUGUGACAUUCGGAUAGAGCCAAACUCGCUGUUUCACUCUUCCCGUCUUUAUGCUAAGCUGAGCUAACUGGCGUUAUAUUUCACAAACGUACACGUGAGUGUUAUCUAAUCCUAUGUUCACACUGCAAACGACAAAAGCGACAAAACAGGCCAAAGGUUGGAUCGCUGCACUGAUGACGAGGCACCGUAGAUAUUUUACUCAAGCGCCGGUCGACGCAGUUAUGGCGUCACAUGGCACUGAGAACUGGCCAGCGGCAUAUUCUUUGAGGCUGGAACAAAAACAUUUGAUUGGUUGACGCUUUGGCGUGUCAUCGGAGCGUGCCGCGCAGUCUGUAGCUUCAUAUCAUCGGUAGCCUGUUGAUGUGUGAAUCAUAUCCACUUCCAAAAACUAUACUGCCUUAUACUAUUUGAUAUGUUAAUACAUGUAAACCUGUGUGUGUUUGUAAGUUAGCAUGUGUGUGUGUGUGUGUGUGAGUGUGUGUGCUGUGUAUACAAUUACUUGCACUUCUUGAGUUGAAGUGUGUUGUACACUUGUGUUCAAUAGAACAGGAUAUAUCUGUAUAGGCUACGUUUGUUCUUCUUUUUUUUUUGUACCACUAUCCAUUGGAGCAAUUCAUUAUAGAAAAUCUUUAGAAAAUGGAAUUCAUGCCAUGUUUGUUGUCUUUGAUGCUGCUGCUUGAACCAAUAAAUCAAUUUCCAUCUCCA